AUGGCACUUCGCGGCAUCAUCUGCCCGUCGAUUUUGAACGCCGACUUGGCCGUGCUCGCCUCCGAGUGUAAGAAGCUGCUCGAACUGGGCGCCGACUGGCUCCACCUCGAUGUGAUGGACGGGCACUUCGUGCCAAACCUCACUUUCGGACCCCCGUUGGUGCAGAGCCUGCGCAAAAAUCUCGGCAGUCAGCCCUUCUUUGAUGUGCAUUUGAUGGUCUCCGACCCCGCGUUUUGGGUGAAGCCGAUGGCCGAGGCGGGCGCAUCCGGCUACACGUUCCAUUACGAGGCCGCCUUCGACAAGGGUGGGGAAGACGGUGUGGCCGCGAUUAUCAAGGACAUCAAGGCCAACAAGAUGCGUGUCGGCGUAUCGGUGAAGCCGAAGACACCGGUUGACGUCGUCUUGCCCUACCUGGCCGACAUCGACAUGGUGCUCGUGAUGACGGUCGAGCCGGGCUUUGGCGGCCAGAAGUUUAUGGAGGACAUGAUGGGCAAGGUGACGACCCUGCGAAAGGCGCGCCCGGAUUUGGAUAUCCAAGUGGACGGUGGUGUGACUGCGGAUAAUAUCGAAAUCUGCGCCAAGGCCGGGGCCAACGUUGUCGUGUCGGGCACAGGGAUUAUUAAGGCAAGCGACCCAGCCGGUGUGAUCAAGAAAAUGCGCGACGCGAUCACCGCCAACUGCAGCCAU